UUUUUUAUAGACCCAAGUUUUCGCUUUUUUAAUUUUUAAUCUCAUUGACCUUCAACAAUCUCACAACAAGUCGCAGACCUCUUUUCUCCAGACAAACAAAGCAGAGGAAAGAAUAAGAGAGUAAAACAGGAGAGAGAAAGACAAAAAGAAAUGAAUUCACACUUGAUACAACAAGCUUCUCAAACUUGCUUCAGUGGCUGCUGUUCAUCACCAUUCUCAUCCCAUUCCGUAACUCAGAAACCAGAAGAAGAGCUCGAGUUCUCAUUAAUCACAUCAGGAGCUUCGUUUCUAACCAGAGACAUCAAGUUCACGAGCCAAGAAUCUCUCCCUCCUCUCCGUACAUCUUUCUACGAUCUCAUCACAGCUUUCCCAGAUUACUUGCAGACAACUCAAGCCGAUCAUCUCCGAUCUACAGAGUAUCAAAACCUCUCUUACUCGUCACACCACGUGUUGUUAAACCACACCGGUCAACAACAACCCUUGUUCUCUUACUCACAAUUCCGAGAAAUCUCCGAAUCGGAACCCGAUUUGAAUCAAUCUCUCUUUACCUUGUCUUGCACGCCAGUGAGCUCCGGUAAAGAAUUGUUAUCGUUUGCGAGCGAAGAAUCUAGGUUUCAGUCGAGGAUGAGGAAAAGAAUCAUGGGUUUUAUGAAUCUUGAAGAAUCCGAAUAUCACAUGAUUCUAACUCAGGACCGUUCCUCUGCUUUCAAGAUUCUAGCGGAACUCUACUCUUUCAAAACAAAUCCAAAUCUUCUCACAGUCUACAACUACGAAGACGAAGCAGUCGAAGAAAUGAUCAGAAUCUCAGAGAAAAAGGGUAUAAAACCAGAAUCAGCCGAGUUUUCGUGGCCGAGCACUGAGAUUGUCUCGGAGAAACUGAAGAGGAAAAUCGCCAAGAGCAAUAAGAGAAGAAGAAGAAGAAGAGGGGAAAAAGAUAAAAGAGGACUCUUUGUGUUUCCCCUUCAAUCUCUGGUCACAGGAGCUUCGUAUUCUUACUCGUGGAUGAGUUUAGCCCACGAAAACGAAUGGCACGUGUUGCUCGACACCUCUGCUUUAGGUUCCAAAGACAUGGAGACUUUAGGUCUCUCUCUGUUUCAGCCAGAUUUCCUCAUCUCUUCUUUCACAGAGGUUUUAGGAAAAGACGAUCCUUCCGGUUUCGGUUGCUUGUUCGUAAAGAAAUCUAGCUCUCAAGCUUUGUCAGAAGCACCUGAACACGUCACGAAUCCGGCGAAUCUCACGGCGGUAAAAGCCGAACCGGCUUGGAAAACAGAAAAUGACGAAAUUACCCUUGAAAAAGGUUUUCUAGACCACGAGGACCACAAGGCGUCAACUUCCGCCACUGAUAUUAUUGAAUUCGAAGAAGAGGAUAAAGCAAUUAUUGAGUUUCGAGGUUUAGACCACGCAGAUUCUCUGGGGCUGAUACUGAUCAGUCGUAGGUCAAAGUCGUUGACUUUAUGGCUGGUUCGAGCCUUGAUGACUCUGAAACACCCUGGGUCUCAUGAAACAGAGAUGCCUCUGGUCAAAAUCUGCGGGCCCAAGACGAGAACGAAUCGAGGACCGUCGAUCUCGUUCAACAUUUUCGACUGGCAAGGAGAAAAGGUCGAUCCUUUAGUGGUGGAGAGGCUCGCGGAGAGGGAGAAGAUAAGCUUGCGAUGCGCGUAUUUGCAGAAAAUUAGGAUCGGGAAAAACAAGAGAAGAAGCGACGACGAGAAACAGAACCUGAUGAGUUUGAGAGUGUCAGUUGUGAGUGUUAGGUUAGGGUUUAUGACGAAUUUCGAUGAUGUUUUUAGGGUUUGGGGAUUUGUGUCGAGGUUCUUAGAUGCGGAUUUCGUGGAGAAAGAGAAGUGGAGAAAGAAAGCUCUUGAGCAAAUACAAAUUGCCAAUUAAACGAUUCUAAAUCCGUAUGGUUGAACAUUCAACAUUUCGGAUAUGGAUUCGGUUACCUUAAACCGUGGAUCGAUUAAGCAUUCUAUUUUCUUUCGGUUGGUUUAGUUUGGUUCAUUUUGGUUGAUACUUAGCUUGGUUUCGGUUUGGUUUGAGAAAACCCGAAAUCAGACGUAGUACAUUAUAUGUCUCAUUAAUAAAACAAUAAAUAAAUACAAAAAUGUGACCAGAUUAAAAAAAA